CGGAGGGACACUUGGCCACCGCGGCGUCCACCACCUGCUUCAGCUGGAUCACCUUGCCGCCCCGCACCGCCUGGUCUGUCGUGAUCACCGUCUCCGCCCCGGCUGUGAAGGAUGUGGAGUUCUAAUCGCACUUCAAAGGGACCCCCUUUGGCCGGUCGCCAGGCCCCUGAGGCACUGACCACACCGAGCUGCACCCCUGCAAGCCCUCCCCGGCACAACACCGCCCUGUACACACUUGCAUCCAGAAUAGGGCGUAUGUUUUCCUGUGACAUUACCAACGACGGCAAGAGGCACUGGCGUUUGAGUGAGAACCAGCCGCCUGCCGUGUGAGUCCUUGCCAGGGUUUUGGCAACCGUCUAGAACGCCCUUCAGCUCAAGAAGAGGUCACCUGCACGGCCUUAUCAAUUCCCCAAGACGAACAAGGCGACACAACACUCCCGUUGAGGUACACUGGACUGGACUACUCAUGCAAAGAGGCUGUGUUAUUCAUAUCUCAAGUCUGAGGAACAAGUUGCCAAGAUGCAGGUAUCUACCUCUUCCAAAAGAGAGGUGUCCAAUCAGGAUGGCCCCCAUGUUUACUACUAUUCAACACAGAAGAUAUUGUACCAGGGAUACUCUGAGAGUGGUUUAUGACCCCAAGCUUGUCAUGAGUGAAGAGGAGGUGAAACACAUCAAGCUGGAGCCAGUUCUGUCAACGUUUCAGCCAUUCAGGAAGAGACUUGCUCUGCUUCUUUCCUUUAAUGGCCAAGAAUAUUAUGGCAUGCAGAGGAACAUGACAGGUAGCACUAUAGAGGACCAUCUACUAAAGGCCAUGCUUGACACUGGCCUCAUAACACAGGAGGAGUUCAUCAUCCCCAAGCUCUUCUGUUUCCAGCGAUCCUCACGCACUGAUAAGGGAGUGUCUGCUGCAAGGCUGCUGGUGUCUUUUGAUUUAGUUCUGACAGAGUGUGACAAAUCAGAAAUAAAGAGGAAGCUCAACCAGCACCUGAAUGAUAAAAUACGAGUGAUGGCUGUCUUCAAGACGAUAAAAACUUUCAGCUGCAAGGCUUGGUGUGACUCCCGCACCUACUCAUACACUUGUCCUUCCUUUGCCUUUGCUUCAUAUAAGGAGGUCAUCCAGGACAGUUACCGAUUACCAGAAGAUGCCUUGGAGGAGAUCAGAAGACUCUUUGCUGAAUACAAAGGUGUCCAUAACUUUCACAAUUUUACAUCAGGAAUAAAACCUCACGAUCAGCAAGCAAUCCGUCGUGUCCUAGACAUUGAAUGUAGUGAGCCAUUUGAGCAAAGUGGACUGGAGUGGAUCACCAUCAAGAUUAAAGGAUUGAGCUUCUUGCUUCACCAGAUACGCAAAAUGGUUGCCGUGGUCAUAGCCAUCAGGCGAGGAAUGGCCAGUGAGAACUUCAUUGCUCAGGCACUUUCAAGGGACUAUACCUUCUUACCCAUUGCCCCAGGGCUUGGCUUAGUCCUGGAAGAUCAACACUUUAACAAUUAUAACAAGAAAUAUGGAUCAAAGGGUACUCAUGAGAUGCUCAGUUGGGACUCUGAAGCUGAAGUAAUUGAAGAGUUUCGCCACAGGAAUAUCAUUACUCCCAUAAUGAAUACAGAGCUGAAAGAAAGAUCAAUGUUUGAGUGGUUAAGAUUACUUCAUGGUUACUGUACUGAUUUCGACUUUACCAUGUUGAAAGAAUCAGAGCUGGACAGCAAAAACAGAAGGCCUGAAACUAGGAGUAUUGGACUUUUAGUGUCACUGAAUUGGCUCAUAGAACAAAAGGACACAGCUGACUCUAUAGUUGAAGAUGGAACUCAUGCUUCUCACCUGGUUGAAGAACUCAUCGGACCAGAUAAGGAUGAAUCUUCUGUUGUGGCCAUGCUAAUGGAUGACUAAGUUGAGAGGAACCUCCACCACCAUCACAACUCACUGCUGAGUCCUACCAAGUAGCAAAGCUGGAUAUACGAAUCUAGCUAUUCCAGGAAAAAAUUCCGCUCCUCUGCGGAGACGAGGGGAAGUACUUCAUCUCUCUCCCACUUUGAAAGCCUCGUAUCCGAGAUAUGCCACAAAUACUUUGGAGAGAAGAAAAUUGAGGGAAAAACAACUGCUUUGACAGCACUGUCACCAUCACUUGUGUCACGCCCUCUGAUACUCUCACUUGCUAGUGAGUAAUAUCCUGUCAAACAGGAGGGGACCAUGUGUUAAACCUGAACAUGAUAAUAAACACUGGUUUACU